UAUGGUUUCUUUAUAUUUUAUUCGCUGUCCUCUCUGACCUACAGCUCCCUCUGUCUGCCGGAGGACAUCGCUGCACGAGGUCUGGAAUCCAUCCCCAACUUCUACUACAGAGACGACGGGCUCAAACUGUGGGAUAUGAUCCACAGGAAUCCCUGAAUCUUUCAAGACUUUGGCGGAACUCGUCAAAUUUCUCACCAUGGUGAUCUUUACAGGCUCCAUCCAGCACUCUGCUGUCAACAGUGGACAGUUCGACUAUGGCUUUUGGCCGCUCAACAGCCCAAUCUCCCUGCAACUGCCUCCUCCCACCACUAAGGGGCAGCGUUCUGAGAGCACCAUGCUGCACACCUUGGCAGAUGUCAAGACCACGGUGUAUGGCAUGGCCACUAUGUUUCUACUCAGCAAGCCGUCCAAUGACUUUAUCCCUCUUGGUGAAUACCCACAUGAGCACUUCAGUGAGGACGCCCCCUGCAGGCUGAUAAAGGGAUUCCAAGCAGAGCUGAAGGCCUUCAGUGAGUCUGUCAAGGCCAGGAACCCCGAUCUGAAGGUUCCCUACACAUACAUGGAUCCUAAGCUGGUGGAGAACAGUGUGUCCCUUUAGACAGCAGACAGGGGCCAUGGCCUCAUCCUGCAUAAAUAUACAUAAAUGUUGAUAUGUUUAUCCAAAUAACAUUUU